AUGGUUUUGGCGGAGCUGGGCGGGCGGAUUACCCGCGCAAUACAGCAGAUGAGCAGUGCGAUAGUAAUCGAUGAAAAGGCACUGAAUGAAUGCUUGAACGAGAUCACCCGCGCUCUGCUCCAGUCCGAUGUUUCUUUUCGCCUUGUGAAGGAGCUGCAGACCAAUAUUAAGAAGAUCGUCAACCUCGAUGAUCUAGCAGCUGGCCACAACAAGCGCCGGAUCAUUGAGCAGGCUAUCUUCAGUGAACUCUGUAAGAUGCUGGAUCCAGGAAAGCCUGCAUUUACCCCCAAAAAGGCCAAAACUAGUGUAGUUAUGUUUGUAGGAUUGCAAGGUGCUGGAAAAACCACAACGUGUACCAAGUAUGCUUAUUAUCAUCAGAAGAAAGGGUACAAACCGGCUCUAGUGUGUGCUGAUACUUUCAGGGCAGGUGCUUUCGAUCAGCUGAAACAGAAUGCCACUAAAGCUAAGAUCCCCUUUUACGGAAGCUAUACGGAAUCCGAUCCGGUGAAAAUUGCUGUUGAGGGGGUUGCGAGGUUCAAGAAAGAAAAUUGUGAUCUUAUUAUUGUUGACACCAGUGGUCGCCAUAAACAAGAAGAUUCCCUCUUUGAAGAAAUGCGUCAACUUGCUGAAGCAACCAAACCGGAUGUUGUCAUAUUUGUUAUGGAUAGCAGUAUUGGUCAAGCUGCAUUUGAUCAAGCUCAAGCAUUUAAGCAAAGUGUUGCUGUGGGAGCUGUAAUUAUCACUAAGAUGGACGGUCAUGCUAAGGGUGGUGGUGCUCUCAGCGCUGUUGCAGCUACAAAAAGUCCUGUGAUAUUGAUUGGAACAGGAGAGCAUAUGGAUGAGUUUGAAGUGUUUGAUGUCAAACCUUUUGUCAGCCGUCUCUUAGGAAAGGGUGAUUGGUCUGGAUUCGUGGAUAAACUACAAGAGGUGGUACCUAAAGAUCAACAGUCUGAGUAUUUGGAACAGCUCUCUAAGGGUAACAUUUCGUUGAGAAUUAUGUACGAGCAGUACCAGAGUAUGCUGAACUUUGGCCCACUUAAACAGUUAUACUCGAGCCUGCCUGGAAUGGGUGCUGGGAUGAUGCCGGAAGGACGUGAGAAAGAAAGCGAGGCGAAGAUAAAGCGAUACAUGACAAUUAUGGAUUCUAUGACAGAUGAAGAACUGGACAGCCCAAACCCAAAGGUGUUUGACGAGACAAGGAUGAUGCGGAUAGCGAGAGGGUCAGGGAGGAUUGUAAGAGAAGUGAAGGAGAUGUUGGAAGAGUACAAGAAGCUAGCAAAGUCAUUGAGCAACAUGAAGGGGCUGAAGAUCCCAAGGAAUGGAGAUCUCAUGAGCUCAAGAAGCAAGAGCGCGCAACAGCUGAGCAAGGUCCUACCUCCUCAGGUGUUAGAGCAGUUUGGCGGCAUGGGUGGUCUGCAGAGUCUCAUGAAGCAAAUGGGGGCAAGGACAUGA